ACCGGGGUGGGCCGUGGGCCAUCGCAAUAUUGCACUCGAAAUUGAACGUGGAAUUGAAACCUUUUUCAGUAAACAGUCGACCUUUUUGGUCAGUUUAUGCUAAAAUAUUCUACCUGUCAGUUUCAUUUGUCAUAAGUCAUGUCACUUGAGACGAUUGAAUAAAUUAUACAGUUUGUUUUACCAAGAUUAUUGUAAUAAAUUCUAUUGUUAUAUUGGAUGGCUUCAUACUUUAAGCCCGCCCUCAAAGAAAUCAACGGAGUUAACUUAGCUAAUUACUUUCCUCAUCAACGUUCCUUCAAUUCUGUAGUGUUCAUACACAAGAAAUUCCUAGACGAACCUAAAUACGAACUGCCGACCCUUAAGUCUAAAAAAGAAAAGAAACUCAAAGGCGAUAAAAGUCAACAGUUUAACAGCGAGAAAAACACAGAACUAUCGAAAGCUCGAACGUACAAAGUAGACAAUGGUAAUGUUAAUGAUUCUGUUUUGGAACAGACCAUACGAUUUGCUAAAAAUAUUGUUCCCCUAGUCAUACCACCGAGCGAGGACAAACUUCCAGUUUAUUAUACAAUAAAAACUGCAAAAAAACACAAGAAAAAGGAAAAAAUGCCUCAAGAACCAACUUUUGAACCUCACGAGAUGGCUUACCCAAGAAACGAAGGCAAGAAAGUCAUUGAAACAUACAGGAAAGUUAGAAAAGAGAGUUUCAGUGUCAGGGAGUCUGUAAGCCAUUGUUCAAACAAUACUUUAGAUGAUUUAAAUAUAAACCAAUCAAUAAGCUGUUCGUUUUCUGAGGUAUCCGAAAAAAAGUAUCAUAAAAAAGAAAAAGAGAAGAGUCACAGCCAUAGUCAUAGUAAGAAGCAUAUCGAAGCUCCUAAAGUAGUUGUUUCUGAGUCGUUUGAGGCUAUAGCGACUGAAAAUGCGGGUGACUCUAGAAUAAAAAUACACCUUAUGACCGAUAAAGACAAGAGCUUCCUCACUGAUAGCAUAAAAGUUCCCGUUCUUAAUGCUAUUAGAGACUGCAUCGCGGAAUUGAAUGGCAAUUCCAACACAGAAAUAACUACGGUGCAGAAAACUAUUAAGUGCAAUACACAGAAACUAGACACAAUUCUAGACAAGCUGGCAUGCAUAGAACAGAAGUUGGAUGCUCAGGAAAAGAAAUUAGCUGCUCAGGAGAAAGAAAGAGAAAAACAAAGAGAGAGAGAAAGGGAGAAAGAACGGGAGAAAGAAAGGGAGAAUUUGAUUAAGCAGGUUCAAGAGAAGAAAGUAGAAUCGAAGGUACAAGUGUCGGCAGCUAAACCAUCUAAACUAGAAGAAUUAGGAGCAGACUUGAUAGAGAUAAAAGAAGAUUACAGCUCGGAGGAAGAGUUACAUCAAGAAUUGUUGGAUAGGAGAAGUAAGAGUGUGGUAGUUGAUUUUAUGCCAGAUGACAAGUCAGAUAGGAAGACAGAGAGUUUGGGAGGAGGGGAAGUGGGGUCGACGAGGGCAUCAUCGUCAGUUGGAAUCAAACCCGACCGACCGAAUAGGAUCCCAGCUAGAUUCUGUUGGACCGACGUAGCGAGGAAAUGAGAAUAUCUAUAAAUUUGCUAGGUACUGUUAGUUUUUUAUUUAACUUAUGUUAUUGUGUAGAUCUAUUAAAAAGUUUUAUUGAAUGUU